AUGAGCUCUCCGCAUCGUUCGUUCUCGAGCAACCGACGCGCGACAGCCACGUCCUGUUUUCCUCGAGCACGUGGCGACGAUGACGAUGGCGACGACGACGACAACGACCGCGAGUCGCGUGGCGCGAGGCGACGACUGCGAUUACUUCAAUGCGGGAGGCGAGCACAAGGUGCUGAGCGCAGCCAGAAGUGCCAGCCAGUCAAUUCGGCUCGGCGACACUACGCCAGUCAAUGUCUCCUCUGCCCCGAGCGGCUUGACCGCAAGAUACUUCUUACAUAG